UUUUUCGUGGCUGAAAAUGUUUUACCACCUCAAAUUUAUGUGCUGCUAAUUAAUUUUGGGAUAGAGAGCAGUCUCAUAAAUGCAACGAAAGUGAUGAAGGAUAAUAUUCAAAGAACGUCGAAAACAAAUCGAGAAUGAGUAGCAUCAACAUCCACAAACUCGUAUUACUGAGGACAGUACCUACUGAACACGUCAAAAAUAUGAUUUUAGGAGACAGGCAAGUUAUUAUUCAAGAAAUAAUUAAGAAAAUAGGUACAUGGACCUAUUAGGUGUGGAAGUCAGAUCUGCGUAGGUCACAAUGAAAUGAUGUUCAGGACCGAAGCGGAAUGCUCCUCAAAAACAACGCUAGACCAGGUAUUGUGCAGUUGACGAGGGACGAACUUCACAAUGUGGGCUGGGAAAUCCCUGAAAAUUCACCUUAUAGACCACAGUUACCGCCAUAGACCAAACACCCAUCCGACCGAGCAAAGGGGCAAACCGUCAGUGCAAUGGUGCACGUGAAUCCAUCCCCUAUCGGAAUAGUUAGUCUUCAGAAUGAUGCCCUGAAAUUUCAAUAAAGUGCUCUUUCACAACUACUACAAACAGCUACUUGUCUCAACAAUGUGCCAAAAAAAGAAAUAAUAGUUAAUUUUCGAGACCCCAUUACUGACUACACAGGAGGAUCACUGCGAAUGUAUGGAAGGAAAGUGGUCGAAGUGGUGGCGGGAGAAGAAAGGCCUCAAUCAAGGUCCCUAAGUUUAGUAAGGUCUGCGCAUAGUAGUAAACUGGUGAUACCAUCUCUGAUAGCGUCAGAGUCGGACUCGACGUGACGUAUGACGGAGUUUUUUGUGUUUGUGUAUUAUUUUUUGACUGCUUUUUUACCUGCCAAGGGUUUUAUAUUAAUAAAAUUCCGGGUGAAGUGUAGUGUGAAACGUGCCAUAACAAUUCGACAAAAAAUUACAAACAGCCAGUUUGAUGGCGUCACGAUAGGGCUAACGUCCUAAAAAAUGGCGGCCGGCCGGAGAGGACAUAUGCGGACCUUACUAAUCUAUGGACCUUAGGCAUUAUUUGGCUAUCGUGAAUGCGAAUUUCUGUAACAUUGAAAGAGAUCAUUCAACUCAGAAUGAAGGUUCUCAAAUUUAAAUUGACAACGCUGCGAAGCAGAGAAUUUAUGACAGAAAACGUUUGGGUCGGAUAGUGGUAAGUAUCAACAUGAAGAUAAUUUAUAUGUGUCGCUUUUCGAUAAACAGAAUUAAACAGAUGACCUUUGGGUAAACUACUAACUAUUAACACAUCAGACCCAUUGUUUUUGAUUUCCAUGACGAAUUUGGUUUUAGGGUUUUAACUGUUAAAGAUGAUUCAAGCAAAUCCAACUUUAUUCUUGCCAUGAGGUCAUUUGAAAAAAUAAUGCAAAUUGUUCAAGCGAUUCCAUGACAUGAUUUGCAACGACUGAGAAAAGAGGGGAGCCUUAACUGUAUCUGAUACUUGUUAAUAGAAACUGACUGAUCAGUGGUCACUAUGUGGGCAUUUUUCUACUACUUAAAUCAGCCAUAAUGUUAGGUUUACAACCGAGAUACAAUUUGAUGAAUAUGGGUACAAAUCAGUAACAGGAAUUUUGACAAAUAAAGAGGUGACAUCGAAGCCGACCAGGGUAAAUUUGGGAUCCAUUGACAAAUUCUAUGCACAAACAUUGGACAAAGCGAUUGAAGUCGAUAGCACUGAAGAAGUUUUGUCGGUAUAUCAGGUAUUUAGUAGUAGCAUAGGUGGGGGCAUCAGUGACCCCGAUGAGGGGUUUUAGAAGAACAUUCUGUUUGUGGCUUUUUAGAAAACUAUGUAGACGAAAAAGUUUGGAGUUUUUCUAAACUAGUUAUUUAUAAACAUUUUCAGGAGCGAGCUGUGGAUUUCAAACUUUCGAUUUUAUUGGGACCAUUCUCUUCAUGAUUACUGACUUUGUUUUGGACAGAAAGUUAGUCAUAGUGAGGUGUAAUGAGAAAUCGACCAAUGUUUUAAAAAUUUUUAGAGGUGGUGUGCUAAUUUUAGCGGAAGUAGUAAUUGAAAACACAUCUAAAAAUUCCAAUCAAUGAACAUUGCCUAGGGAGAUUUUUGCUGCUGUCAAAAAAAUUGGGGUUGGGAUGAUCAUGGUUUUUAUUUAUAUAUUUUAUUUUGACAUUUUUGUCAUGAAAUUUCAAAUUUGAUGUUUUCUGUACUAGCUAAGGAGUUUUAUUUGGUACCAACUAAUUCAACAGGUGGUGGUUUUUGAAUAAACAGUAGGACAUGUGAAGGAGGCCAGGUGCAUUUUAGUGUUUAUUUAUUUACAUAAUACUUGUAUGUACUAAAAAUGGAACAAGGAUCAACAUGUAUAUUUUCUACACACCAUUUGAAACAUAGUAUUUUUGAAAUUAUUUUAUCUAAUAUUAGAACAAUAAACACCUUUCUAGUGAACGAAAUUAGUUUCAUUGAGAACUAAUGUGGUAAGUUACUUUGACGAACGUCUAAUUAUGAAAACGAAUAAGCAGGUUUCCUCAUCCCGUUUGUCUGUCGUCUCCCGUUUUCUAUCGUACGAUUUUAAUAUACAUAUUUUCAAAAUUAGCAUAAAUUUUGCCGUCAUUUUUUCUGAAACAAGAUAUGGGAAUCUAAUUUUUUUAACUCAUGUUUUUACGUCACCAUUGAACUCAACUCAAAUUUUCAAGUUCAGCUAAACAUUAUUUACAAAAUUGCUGUAAAACACAGCUGUAGAAUGUAAAGCUGGCACACUAGGGGAAAACAGCAAUGCCAAACCCAAAAACGACCCACCAGUUAGAAACCACUGAUAGAUGUCUCUCAAUUCACAGAGUUCCACGGAUUCGUCGAAGCGCCCCCGGCCCCAGUAACUUCCGUACGACGCCGAAGCCGACCGCGGAAAACUUAAGUAUAGGUCCCAUAGCGAGAUGCUUCAAUGGUUCUAAGGGGGAGGUUGUAGCGUACGCGCUCUAUUAACUGGAGCGCUCGCUAGUACCCUUUAGUCACCUCUAAAAGAACCACCCUCAAGCACCUAUUGGCUGUCGCCCCUACCACGGUUCAGAGAAGAAGAGAUCCCCGCUAGAUUGUGCCUGACAGGGCCAACGUAUUCCACGCCGCUUCACCCGAUUAAGUUCAAUAGGGCUACCCCGAAUUGGUCACUAACGCAUUUGCGCCGAAUCACGCAAUUCCAACCCACGCCACGAGACGACUGCAUUAGGUGACGCAGCCCCAUUUGCUUUGAACGAAUCACGCAGAGAACCGCGAUUCCCGACCGACCCCUCAUCGAGAAGUUUGCCACAGUAUUUCAGCUAAUAAUGCGUUAUGCUGUCGUUCGGUAGCGACGGGAGAAGCCUGUUCCUGUUCUUAUCCCUGAUAUUUAUGUUGACGGCAGAAGUCUGGAGUGGUAUUGCUUGCCUCAGUAACCCCUGUAUACAUGGAGUUUGCUUAGACGAUUUAAAUUCAACUUAUUUUUGUUACUGCGUCGAUGGAUAUACUGGCAUUCAGUGUCAGACUAACUGGAAUGAAUGUUGGUCUUCACCUUGUCAAAAUGGAGGAAUUUGCAUUGACGGGGUUGCUUCCUUUAACUGUUCCUGUCCUCCUGGAUUUGUAGGUGAACUGUGUGAAGAAGAUUUUAAUGAAUGUGAAAGCAAUCCGUGCCUCAAUAAUGGGACUUGCUUGGAUGCAGCAAAUGGAUAUGUUUGUAACUGCUUGCCUGGAUAUUCAGGAGUUCAUUGUGAACUCGAUGUUGCGGUUUGUAACGCUACCAACGAAACAAGAUGCGCUAAUGGAGGAAUUUGUGUUGAAGGUCCCGGAGAUACAUUUUCUUGCAAUUGCCAACCAGGCUGGGAAAGCAUAUUGUGUGAGACUGAAGUCGACGAAUGUAUGUCUGCACCUUGUAAAAAUGGAGGAAUUUGUCUUGACCUGAUGGCCGACUACUCAUGCGCUUGUUUGUUUGGUUUUGCAGGAAGAAACUGCGAAGAAAAUGUUGAAAUAUGUGAUGUGAAUCCUUGUGUGAAUGGUGCCUUGUGCCUUAUGGAAGACCAACAUCCUAUAUGUUAUUGUGUUCCCGAUUUUCAUGGAGAUUUGUGCCAGUUUCAAUAUGAUGAGUGUCAGUUGGGUCCCAAAUGUAUGAAUGGUGGAACCUGUGUGGAUGGAAUUGAUAACUCAACGUGUUCUUGUCCGCCAAAUCUUACAGGUGUUCGAUGUGAGUGCCUUAUCCUAGAUGAAAAUGAAUUAGAUUGUACUUACACGAGCCCAGAAACAACACCACACGUUGUCACUUUACCAUUUUCUCAAAGUACGAUAAGCACUGUUACUGUGCCUUCUGUAACAAUCACAAGUACGGAAACCGAAGUGCCAAAUACCACUGCAGUAGAACCAUAUUCUACCACUGUAAGUUGGACAACGACAACAUUUACACCGACAACGACAGAUAUUUCUACGAAAAGUACCACUGAGCGAACCGAGACAAUCUUGACGUAUUCAACUACGCCGAAAAUGACGGAAAUUACUACUCUGGAGAUCACAACUGAAGCGACGGCUACUCCUACCACCGAAUCCACGCAAAAAACAGAAGAAACUACGUUAAAGACGUUUUCUCCGUUUACUACGGAAGAACCUAUCCCAACGUCUACCACUACAGAAACUUGGACAGAAGUUCCUUACUAUAAUACUACUGGUAAAACCAUAAGCACGGCUACAUCAACUGAUACUUCUGUUUAUUUAACUGGUAGUACUUUAUUUUCCACAAUAUCGACUACUCCGUUGGAAGAACUUACGACCUCUUCAUUCUCCGAAGAAAGCACGAUUUUUUCGUCAACAAUUACUACUUUUUUUACCAAAGAACCAGAAGUAACUACUGGUCAAGUCACCUUGUACACUGCGUCUUCUACUGAACAAACGACUGAUAGUACCGUGAUACCUUCUUUUGAUUGUACUAAAACUUUUUGUCAAAAUGGAGGAACGUGUAUGUAUACGUUGGAAGCAGGUUAUCAAUGUGUUUGUUCUUUUGAUACUGAAGGUACUUUAUGUGAAACCAAGUUAGGAGUAAACAAUGCCGCAUUCACUGGAGAUUCGUAUCUUAAACAUCGACUAUCUGAUAGCACAAAUAUAACAAUUGAACUGGAAGCAAAAACGUUAUCAACAAAAGGCUUACUGUUCUAUGUGAAUACUGAUUCGACAUACAUGGUACUUUACAUUGAAAAUGGUCACUUAAAAUUUAAAUUUUCUUGUGGAUAUCAAACCAUGCUCUUAAGUGAACUUAAGGUACCUGUUAGUAACGGUGAUUUAAUGAAAAUCAAAGCGAAAUUAGAUUUUAGCGCAAAUUUGAAACGAUGUGACGCUUCCAUUAAAGUCAAUGAUACUCUUUCAAUGACAGGGGACCAAAUAGCAUUUAAAAGAACAUUUUCUAAACCGACAGGUUGGCUCUAUUUAGGUGGAGUACCACUAGAGGUGUUCAAUAUCAAUCUUCCCGAUAGGGGGUUUGUUGGAUGCAUGUUCAAACUUAAAAUAUCGGGAAAAUAUGUAGACAUUUUUAAAGAGGCUGAAGAUGGUUACGGUGUUACAGAAUGUUCAUCUUUAGCAUGCUUAUCCAGUCCUUGUAAAAAUGGAGCCACCUGCUUUUCUCACGGCGAAGAAUGGAAUUGCAAUUGCAAAAAUGGAUUUCUAGGGCGAAUGUGUGAAAUAUCAGUUUGCGAUGACAAUCCAUGCCUCUUUGGAGGAACAUGUAUUCCAUUUUCAGGAAGUGGUUACAUUUGCUUGUGUCCUUUCGGAAAACAUGGUCAUUUCUGCGAGAAUGAUCUAAAGAUAACCGAACCUAAUUUUUCGUCAACUAUACGUGGUUUGUCAUCAUAUGUCGCGUAUCCGAUUCCAAAUGGUAUUUCAGAGAACAUGGAGCUCCGCUUUAGGUUUACUCCAUCUAUGAUGGAUCAAAUAUCACUGUUAAUGUUCAUGGGUCAAAAAGGCCACCACGACUAUUAUUCUGAUCACAUGGCUGUAAGUUUUGUUAAGGGUUACAUAAUGUUAACAUGGAAUUUGGGAUCAGGUCCUAGAAGAAUAUUUACAUCUCAACCAAUAGAAGAAGGUUCUGGAGCCUAUUUGGUUCAAGUUGGACGUUCUGCAAGACGCGCCUGGUUGAACGUGGAUAACAUAGGGAAUGUUACCGGACGAUCACCUGGAAAUUUGGUGCAACUAGAUGUUUCUCCGACUUUGUAUCUUGGUGGUCACGAUUCACUGAAUUUUUCUACGCUUCCACAUGAUCUACCUCUUCAUAGCGGGUUUUCUGGAUGUAUAUUUGAUGUUGAGUUAGUAUCUGGUAGUAUAGUGAUUCCGCUUCAAGGAUCUAGACAAACUGUUGGAAGAGGUGUUGGACAAUGCGGAACAACAGAAUGUUAUGAGCAAAGCUGUCAAAAUGGCGGAAUUUGUCUUCAUCAUGCUAGUACGUUUAUGUGUCUGUGUCAAGAUGGAUGGUUUGGUCCUUUGUGCACAUUUAAACAAAAUCCUUGCGAUUCGACUAACCAUAAAUGCUCAGCUGGAGCUACCUGUGUACCAGUGAUGUCUGAUUAUGAAUGCGAUUGUCCUAUUGGAAAAUCUGGAAAGUACUGUGAAAAUGAAGAGGAUAUCACUGACGUCAGCUUUACUGGACUUAGAUCAUAUCUUUCCCUACCACCUUCAGAACUAACAGAAAAUCGUUUCAAUGUUGAAAUGGAAAUUCGUCCUUUAGACGACAAUGGUCUUAUAUUUUUUGUGGAACGGGUUGGUACAAGUUUCGUUUCCCUAACGUUAUACAGUGGAAGUCUGGAACUAAAAAUAUUGUCCAAUAAACAUAAAAUAUCCGUAAACGAACCCACCACCAUCACAAGCACAAAAAUAUUAGUUAAAGGCAUCUGGUACAAAGUACAAUUUGGAAUUUACGGCAAAAAAGCGUAUCUCUCGGUUGACAAUGUAAUAAAUUCGGGUAUUUUGAAUACCGAAAGUGGAAUAAAUAUCUCCAAAGAAAACAUCUUCUUGGGUGGUCUUCCCGAUAUUUCAUCAUUGCCUCUUUUAUCAAUAUCAAAGCUUCCUGUACCAUAUAAAGGCUGCGUGCGACACUUUUCAGUUAAUUCUGUGCAAAUCCCUUUAAAUGAAGCAACAAUUUCACAUGGACGAAAUAUUGGAGACUGCGAUGGUACCCCAUGUGGGAAAGACGCUUGUUUAAACGGUGGUACUUGUUGGUUAGAUUCCUUCAUGAAACCACACUGUUCCUGUCCUCCUGCUUUCUAUGGAAUUCACUGCGAAAAUGUUUCGGAUUGUAACGACACUAAGUGCAAAGACACAGGUCAAUGUGUUGGAGGAAAAUGUUCGUGUCACGUUGGUUGGGAAGGAGUUUACUGUGAAACUCAAAUUCAGGUCACCAAACCUGAAUUUACAGGUCGCAGCUACCUUAUCGUGAAGAAAAAUAAUGAAAAGAAACGUGACAUUUCAGCAGUUGAAGUGAAAAAUUUGUAUCUGAACUUCACAACAAUUAAAAAAGACGGGCUCGUCCUUUGGAGCAAAAAGGAAAAUACUUUCGUUGGAGUUGGGCUCGAAAAAGGUUUUUUGAAAAUCGCGUAUUCGCUCGACAACAAAACCGGUAAUACAAUAGUGAGUUUACCAUUUUACUACAAGAUCUCGGAUGGUUUGUGGCAUAGUAUUGAAAUAACGUUUGCUCCCUUUAUGAUAAAGUUGGAUCAAAAUAAAAUCAUUUAUAAAGGAAAACAUCGAAAAAUGCUGGAGAAUACUACAGUGUCAACUGAUGGUUUAUUUUACAUUGGUGGAAUUCCAACUAAAUCGACUAUUAGAAAAGAAACGAAUGGCACAUUUAUGGAUACGUUUGAAGGAUGCAUUGAAGGUUUUGCCACGAACGGAGAAAACGUGAUUCGAGAUUUUACAAAUUUCGAAGGAAGAGAAAUUAAUGUUUGCAAAAUUUUAUGAACAACAGAGUGAUCAAUGAAGGAAGACGAAGAGGUCAAAAGGUUCAGAAGAUAAAGAUUAGAGAACCCAGAUUUAUUAUUUAUUAGAACAUUCUAAUAAAUUAGAUAUUAUAGAUAUUCUCGUGUUCUGUGAGUAGAGAAAGAUCAAAACAGGAAGCGCCCAUGGUAAUGCAGUACAUAUAUAUGUGUUUAUCUUUUUUAAUCACCUUUGUAAGUCACUGCCAGAUUUCAACAAAUGCAAUAGAUAAACACUGAUUUUUUUUCAUCUUAGUUUGCACAUGUGUAUUAAAAACGUCUUUUUAUAAUAAAUAGAAGUGUGCAUUUGGAAAUAAAGAUCCGUUGUUACUGUACACGUUCAUAUCAUUUAUUGUAAUAGUAUACGUAAUGUCAAGAUUAAACAUUUUCUUAAGACCAUUAACGUUACCAAUCCACCCGUUACGCAAGAUGGACAAAUUUCCGAAAA